AAUAAACAUUUCAUACCGCAUUUUUCAAAAGUCAUGAGAAAUUAAAAAAUUUGACGAAAUUCAACCGACAACCGCGUUCGAAAAUUUUUUCGAAUAUGAACUGCGUUAUCAACAUAACGUCAGCUGUUGUCGAUAUAUUUUGCAUGUUAUUUAUGCCAAGCAAACAUAAAAAUUUUUAGAAGAUAUGUGGUAUUUGAGUUUUUAAUAAAAAGUAAACGGAUUUUUAUGCAGAAAAAAAUUAUUCGGAGUUAUUGGUAAAAUUGGAUAAUGAGUGAAGAAAAACAAGAAACGAUAGAAAAUACUGCGCUUCAAGAUGCACAACAACAAGAAAAGUUGGCGCAAGAGGAACUUGACGAGCUAAAGAACUUCAUUAGUGAACUGCAAACAAAAAUUGCCUCAAAAACAAAAUUACGAACUGAGAAUUAUGAUUGCGAUCGUCCCGCCGAAUCACACUUCGCUAAAUUGGACUCGAGUCUUAAGAAAAAUACGGCUUUCGUCAAAAAACUACGCCAAUUCACAGCUGCGCAGCUCGAUCAGUUGCUCAAAGACAUGACGAGUCUCAAUUUAAGCAAAUAUAUCACAGAAAUAUGCUCCGCUGUAUGCGAUGCAAAAAUCAAGAUGACCGAUGUUCCCGCCGCAGUUAUUUUGUGUUCAAAACUUAAUCAAAUCUACUCCGAUUUCAGCGCCAGCUUCCUGGAAGCUUGGCAGAAGACGUUAGCGCUUAAGACUGGUGAGAAAAUUGCAAAUCCAAGUAAACUGCGCGUUGAUCUGCGUUUAUUUGCUGAGCUUGUCAGUUCCGGAGUAAUAAAUAGUAAACAGGGACUUUCGCUGCUUGGCGCUGUGCUGGUUAAUGUCAUAUCGUCAGACAAAGAAGAUCACAGCAAUUUUUCCAUAAUACUUUCGUUCUGUCGUCAUUGUGGUGAGGAGUACGCCGGACUGGUGCCUAGGAAAAUGUUAUUAAUUGCUGAGAAGCACAAUAUGACUGAUAUACCGAAAUCUGAUUUCUUAACAUCCGAGAAGCAGCAAAACCUACGCUCAUUGCUUAAGGAUUACUUCAAGAAUUUGUGCAAACAUUUAUUAUCCGAGCAGGAAGAGUUAUUGAAUAUGACCAAGAAUAUACGACGCACAGUAGAGUCAAAAGGUGAACUUUCGAAUGAUAAACGUGAAAAAUGUGAGAUAAUGCAAUCGAAUUUCGACAAACUGCAUACUUCAGUGCAAACACUAUCCGACCUCAUUAACGAACCACUGCCAGAGUUGGCGAAGGAAACGGAAAUGUGCAGCCCCGGCACUGUCAUUGACAGUAUACUUGAGGAUACUUCGAUGGGCGAACUUGAUCCCUGGGGUGACGAAGAGACGAAACAAUUUUACACUGAUUUGCCGGAUUUACGUCAGUACUUGCCUAAUUUUUCAGCGCCUAAAGUAGACAAUGAGCAGAUUGAAGAACCCACAGAAAUGACAGAGGAAGCGAUUGAUGCCAAUAUCGAUGCUGAUAUUGAUAUUGAUGAUCCACCAUCAGCUUCUUCAGAUCUCGCUGCUGAUAAAGAAGCUGAAGGUGAUGAGAAACCUGAAGAAGCGACCACGCAAAUUUUACCCGAAAAAAUAGGUAAUGCACUGAUGGAAGUUGGGCGCAGUUGCUCUGGUUAUGUUUACAACAGUAAACACCAGUUCGAUCAGUUUUUAAUUAAUCUCAAUAAUUGUGUUAAUAAGGAAUUGAUUGAUUCUGCCGCAAUUGAGUUUCUGCUCAACUUCAAUACCAAAAAUAAUCGGAAAAAGUUAACGAAGUCAAUAAACACAGUGCAAAGAACUCGUCUGGAUUUGUUACCGUUUCUUUCGCGUUUUGUGGCAAUCGUGAAUCUCUGCAACACCGACGUCGCUAUAGAGUUGUCGGAGUUGUUACGCAAAGAAUUUAAAUGGCACAUACGCAAGAAAAAUCAGUUGAAUAUUGAGUCGAAGAUCAAAAUUGUACGUUUCAUUGGUGAAAUGGUUAAGUUUGGCUUAUGCAAGAAAUUUGAUGCUUUGGGUUGCUUGAAGAUGUUGUUGCGCGACUUUCAACAUCAUCAAAUCGAAAUGGCAUGUGCAUUUGUGGAAGUAGCCGGUGUUUACCUUUACAAUUGUCGUGACUCACGCUUACUUACGAAUGUCUUCCUCGACCAAAUGAUGCGUCUGAAAACCGCAACUGCCUUAGACUCCCGCUAUGCAGCACAAAUCGAUAAUGUUUAUUAUUUAGUGAAGAGACCGAAAGACCUGAAUGAAGUCAAAGUACAACGUCCCGUCAUUCACUCCUACAUACGGAAUAUUGUUUUUGAAGAGCUGUGUAAGCAGAAUGUCGAUCGUUGCAUUAAAAUGAUGCGUCGCAUUAAUUGGGAUGAUCCCACUGUGAAGAGCUAUGCCAUUAAAUGUUUAUCAAAAGCAUAUUUGCUGCGUUUCCCACUUAUACGUUCACUGGCAGAUUUAGUUUCUGGAUUGACCUCAUAUCAAGAGAAUAUUGUUGCCAAUAUCAUUGAUAAUGUGUGUGAUGACAUACGCUUCGGUUUGGAGAAACACUCGCCAAGAUUGGCACAAAGACGUAUUGCCAUGGUCAAAUAUUUGGGGGAGCUCUAUAAUUAUAAAUUGAUAGAUUCGAUAACUAUUAUAAAUAUGCUGUAUUCAAUUAUAUCACUUGGAGUUGUUUACGAGGACGGCGUUGUUUCAGAGCUAGAUCCACCUGAUAGCCUGUUUCGUUUGAAAUUAGUAAUAACACUACUGGAUACUUCAGGCCAAUAUUUUACGAGUACUCUCAGUCACAAAAAAAUGGACUAUUUUCUUGUAUUUUUCCAACGUUAUUAUUGGCAUAAAAAGUCUCAUCCCAUAUUUAGUAAGAACGAGAAUACAUUUGAUCUUUUCCCAAUAUUGGUGGAUCACAUGUACAAGGAGUGUUUUACAUUUUUGCGUCCCAAAAUGAAACUUUAUAAGAAUUUGGAAGAGGCAGUGACAGCUGUAGAGGAUCUUAAAUUAAAAUUGUAUCCAAAUUUAGGUAAAACAGCAAGCGAAUCAAAUGAUAAAGGCCUUGAGUCAAUUUCUGAAGACAAUGAGUAUGAUGAUGGCGCAAGUGAGAAUUCGAACUCAUUAGAUAGCCGUCGCAAUAGCGUACAAGAAGGUGAUGAGAUGAUGAACGCAGAUAUGGGUAACACAGGCGAUUUUGGUAAUAACACAGACUGGACUGAAAACGAGUAUGUGCUCGAAGACUAUGAGGAAAAAAUGCCAGAAAAGUCCAAAGAAGAUUUAGAGUUUGAACAGAUGUUUGAGAAAAUGGCUGCCGACUCCUAUCAGGAACGUCUAAAGGAAACGGUUAAGCCGAAUACAAAAGAUAUACCAGUACCAAUGGUGACGAGAAAAAGUAAGAAGUCAUAUGAACAAAUAACAUCGCAACAAGGAAACAACGACGACACAUCCAAGAAUUCGAGUGAGGGCACACAAUUCGUCCUAAUGAUGCGCGGCGGUAAAGGAAAACAGCAGUUUAAACAGUUCAUAGCCCCGAAUGACUCGCAUUUAGCUAUUAACUUGAAAAAACAAGAAGAAAAAAUUCGCGAGGAACAUGAAAAAGUUAAGCGUUUAACACUGAACAUCUCCGAGCGUAUCGAGGAAGAGGAUUACCAAGAAUCAUUACUGCAAUCACAACGAAAUAUGGCCCAAAACUCAUAUCAGCGACCCAAUAAACAAAAGUUUAAACAUCAAAGAGAUUACUUUUAUGUGUCUCAGUAAGAGGAUUUUGAAAUCAAGUUCCACACUGGGCGGUUACUACAGUUAGUGCAUGUACAGUGGGUAGCACACAAUAGAAGUUCUGAUAAUGGAAUUUACUUAAUGCAAAUGGUCAGCUUACCGAUAAAAGCUAAUGAACAGUCUUUCAAAGAAUCUUCUAAUGAAAACACAGAGGAAUUACUUUCAUAGGUUCGAAUGAAUCUAAAACAUUCGUAACAGGCACAGGCAGAAAAUUGAGUUUCUCUCGCAGGGCAAGAUACAUUAAUAUUUAAUUAAACCAAUUUCCACAUCUGAUUAAACGAAUCAAAAUUAUAAAUGCAAAAAUUUCAUAAACUCAUCCGAUAAUCAUUUCGAAGGUUUUUUUGAAUCCAUCGGUUCAAUUCAACUAUUUAAGGAAUCACCAUUGGAAAUUCUGUUUUAAAUUCAGCGGUUAUUGUAAUUUGAAUAGGAAUAGGAAGAAUUUCAAGUUUCUUGUGUGCAC